AUGAGAAUGACUAGCAUGAGUCCUACGCAACGGGAGUCACCUUUGAAGCAGUCGCGGCAGCAGAACUCUGCCUCGCUAAGCCGCCGCCUCGUUGAGGAUUACCACCGCUCCGUUGCGUAUUCCAUCGGCGAGCUGCCAUCGCACCGCACAUUCUCCGACCGCUACGGAAAUCUAAAGGGGGCCCCCGUCGCCACGCGCCGUGACGGGUCUCCAAAGGGAGUGACCGCUGCCGCUGCAGCGGCAGCAGCAGCAUCAGGCACUGCAUCUGACCCUCUGCAGUGGUAUUUUGACCGCGCAGACACAGAGGAGGCCGCUGGGAAACUGCGUGACGCGCAAAAGUUUCUGCAGGCGGCUCUUGAACAACUGCAGCGCUCUGAAAGCAGUCCUACAGGAUCUACGAUGAAUACUAUGAGCAGUUCGGAGAAGAAGGCGGAGCAAGACCGAGUGCGGGCGGCUGCCAUCCUGAUACGCCUCGGUAAGUUGUCGAUGCGACAGAAUGAACACCAGGAAGCCCUCGAUUUUUUUACGCUCAGUAGCCAUAUCGACCCGCUUGCCACGGACACGUAUGCACUGCGGGGAGCUUGUCAUGAGUAUCUCGAAAAUCACGCCGCGGCCUACAAGGAGUAUGAGAAGUACCUCAGCCUAAGCCCACCUACAAUGGCUGUCCUAGCGCACACAAGUCAAUGUGCGCUAAAGGCUGACCGGUAUGAAGCGGCGGAGCGACACCUUCACGAUUUACUUCUGCUGACAAAAGGGGCGUCUGCUUCCGUUUCGUUGUCUCCUAGUAGCCAUUCAAAUCGUUUUGAUUCUCCGAGCUUCUACGAGGCUCACGCGUACUACUGCCUAGGACUUGUAAAAGAUAAACAAGCAGCAGCCAUCUCUGAGACUUCAGUGAGGUUUUCAAAAGCUGAAGAGUUGAUGCAUGAGGCGCGCACUUUGUAUGAACGGGCAGCUUCAAACUCGGCGUACGUGUGCGCUCACGAGGAUGCUGCCGAGAGUGCUAUGGCAGUGCAGGAUGCGUCACUGGCGUUAGAGAACCUGCGGCACCUCCAGCAUUUGCGUAAGAGCUGCGCGCAGUACUACUCCCGUGCGGCGGAUGUGUAUGCAAUGAUUAACGACACUUCAUCGGAGGUGGAGGAGCUUUCCAAAGCGCUUGACCAGCGGCAAUCCGUGUUGGAGCGUCGGCAAACACUUCUCCGCCGUGCUGCUGUGUAUGCGAUAAAGCUGCAGAAUCUUGACAAUGCUAUUGUGGACUUAUCACUCUUGUUGAGUCUACCGGGGGAUGACCACUGCACGGCGAUGGCAUACCUGCAGCGUGCCAGGGCUUUCCAACAGCGCAGCUACGAGCGCUCACAGAGUUCGCGUGAGGACGUUGCCGCUGCCCUGCGCGACUAUGACGAUUUUGUGGAGGCCGCGUUGAGGCGCCCAGAAGAGCUGCCGGCUCCACCGGAAUGCAUUACCGAGGCAAUGCUCAUCCUCGCCAAUGGGGCAUUUGAGGAGAAGAACUAUGGUCGCGCAGCCCACUUCUUUGCGCGGGCUGUUGCGCGUGGGUGGCAGCCCAAGGAGCCUCUUCCGCAAGCGCGCCGUCAGCCCAAGAAAGCCUCCAAAGCGUCGCCUUGUUCUUUGUACAUGCAACAAACAGAGAUGAAUCUUCUUGCGAAGAUGUACGUGGCGAUCGCCCACACUGUGAUUGACCACUUCCCUAUUGUUGAUGAGAUGUUCAAGGUGCCGUACGAGCAGCGCGAGAAACCGUUUCUUCCGGUUGUGCCCGAGUCAAAGAAGUCCAAAGCUGCUGAACGGAAGGAGGCGGAGAAGCCAUUGGUAGCGGUCCCUGUGGUGGGCUACCAAGUGGUAGAGGAGCAAUACCAGCGGCUGCGCGCUCUAGAGCCAACCGUCUUCUCAUCUCUGCAGUAUGAACUCCUAGAGCUAUGGGAGCCGUAUCGGACGGAGGUGGAGCGAAUGCGGGAGGACCUGAUGCUUACACGGAGUGGGAAAAAAGUCAAGCGGCGGUGA